AUGCACUUCGCCAGAAACUCUGCCCUGGCCGGCCUGGCUGUCAUUCCCCUUGCCUUUGCGCAGACUUACACCACCUGCAACCCUAUGGACAAGACAUGCCCUAACGAUACUGGACUCAACUCUGCUAGCUUUGCCUGCGACUUUACCCAGGGCAAGUCAGCUCUUGCAAGUUGGAGUACUGCCACCGGCACUUCGCUCACCUACGAUGGUUCCAAGGGUGCCCAGUUCGUCAUCAAUGGCAAGAACCAAGCACCAACCAUCUCAUCUGACUUCUACAUCUUCUUCGGACGUGUCGAUGUUAUGAUGCAAGCAGCUCCUGGUGUUGGCAUUGUCAGCAGUAUGGUUCUCCAGUCCGAGGAUCUGGACGAGAUUGAUUGGGAAUGGCUCGGCGGCGACGGUACCCAGGCUCAGACCAACUACUUUGGCAAGGGCAACACCACCUCGUAUGAUCGUGGUACCUACCAGAGUGUCACAUCACCUCAGACAAUCAUGCACACCUACAGCUUCGACUGGACCAAGGACAAGAUUGACUGGCUCAUCGAUGGUGUGGUCGUUCGCACACUCAUGUACGCCGAUGCCGUUGGCGGUCAGAANUUUCCCCAGACCCCUAUGCGCCUGAAGUUGGGCAACUGGAUCGCUGGCGACCCGGCCACCAACGCCAAGGGCACGAUCGAGUGGGCUGGUGGUGAGACCGACUUCUCCAAGGCUCCUUUCACCAUGUACGUCAAGUCUGUCAGCAUCACCAACUACAACCCGGCCGCGGAGUACCAGUGGACCGACAAGACUGGUAGCUACGAGAGCAUCAAGUUGGUCGGCGGUUCUUCCUCUGGCUCUUCUGGAUCGUCUUCAGCCUCUGGCAGCAGCGGCUCUGCCUCCAAGACCGCAAGCAAAGUCAGUCUCAAGUCUACUGCAGUCAUCUCCAACAGCAUGAACACCGUCGCUCCUACCACAUCCAUCAGCGUCAUCAGAGCUCAGGCCCAGGGCAGCGCCGCUGUUGUUACCAGCUCCAACUCUACUUCGACUGCCUCGACUCUUAGCUCUGUCAUCAGCAGCAUCAGCGCCAGCGCCACGUCGGCCGCUGGAUCAGCAUCUGCAUCCGCAUCGAAGGGCUCGUCUCACAGCUCUUCUGCUUCUUCUACUUCAAGCCAGCCCGCACAGCAGAGCACUGGCGCCGGUGUGUCGAACACUGUCGCUACUAGCCUUGUCUCUGUUGUGGGAGCUGCCAUGGCCUACUUCAUCCUCUAA